AUGCCCCUAAACAACGAGGAGCCGCCAUCCAAGGAACAUCCAACAAUUAUCACAAUCAUUCGAUGUGUACACGAUGUCCCACCAACAAUACGAGGAAAGCUAGGCCGUUUCGCAAUCUGUCCAUCGUGUACAGUUGAUUAUCGUAUCAAGGAGAUUCGAGAGGUCCAGGCGGAUCUCAGACAACGCGAUGGCAUCUUCGCCUCCAAGACUAAUCUCAAUUCCAUUGGAGGCCUAAAACAUAAGGGCUGCACUAGAUCAUGGGUCAAGGCAAAGGUCUACUGUUACCGAGACAUUCAGAAUCUGGAAAAUCUCCGAAAGAGUUUUCCUGAGCAAUCGGACCAGUGGGGUGUCUUGGAAGCACUCGACAAGUGGGAGCAGCUACAAGACGAGGCCGCUCGAGUACCAGGAUACAAAUAUGUCCAAGACAGUCUCGACGAGCCCGAAGAGGAAGAGGAGGCAGUGUUAAUACCAAGCCCAAAGGGAGACCGGAAACCAGACGUCGCUGUUGGUACAAGCAUCCCUUUGACGCCGCAAGAGAGGAACGAUUUGCUAAAACAGGAUCGAGAGUGGUGUUUUGUUACUCCAAAGCGCAAAGCAAAGAAGCGUCGCGUGGUUCACCUCACCGAGGCCGUCGAAUCGAUGAGCGAGGAGCUGUCGAGUACUCAGAUUGGUGACGCCGCAUCACUUGAUGAAGAUGUAUUGACAGAGAUGGACGAUGUUACGAAGCGACUGGACCAGCGCUUGGCAAUGGGAAGCUUUGAUCUGUUUGAUGCCAUCGUUGGCGUUGAGUUCAGCCCUACGCAACAGUCUGAUGGCUACGAGGCACCGCACAACGAACAAACGACAUUACCUACUCCGCCAUCGCCUACUCCGCCAUCCAUUGCCAGGCUACCUGUCGCUCAACCCGGUCGAUCUGCACUGAAAGAACAAAGCACCAUAUUGGGCGACCUUGAACAUCCACUCAUCAAUGAACCGCACCGCAAACAUACCGCAGCCGGAUUUGCGCACAAACGCGCUAAUUUUCAUCGCACAAACCGAUUCUACAACCCGGGCACAUGGACGAGCCCGGAAGGGUCCGAAAAACACGAUACCAGCUUCAUGAGCAUGUCGUGGCCAGGCUAUGAGAAAAAUCUGCGAGAGUUGCCUACAGUCAACAAAAACGGGGUAUUUAUGGAGGUGGAAAAUAUUGAUCCGAAGCUGACGCUUGAGUCUGAGGUCAGGAAUUUGAUCAAUGAGGCGCGAGACCGCAGAGUGGAGGUGGAGAAGAACGAAGAUGGGAACGACGCUCUUGUUGCCAUGCCAGCCACCAACUUGUUCAAAAUCGAGAUCAAUACUGAGCAAAUUGACGGGGCCCUACGUUCAACUGCGACAGAAAUUGGAGAAAGCCCACCUAUUAGCAAGCAGCGGGUGCGCGAGGUCGCUAUCCUCAUUAUCGACAACGAAACUAAGGCUGAAGGCUCACUGAGUCGCAAGCGGCAAAUUGACGGAACGGCCUCAGAAGCCCAGCCUCCAACACCCCCUCCAGCAAUGGCGGAAAACAAGACAAAGGGCAGAAAGGUAAAGAAGCCCAACUAA